CAGUUUCACAAUGAACGAAGAGGGUGGAUAUCUUGGAGCGAUGACAUAUCAAUGCCUGUACAGUCCUGUGAUGGAAAAAAUUAAACAGCAACAUCGUGAUGAUCCAAGAGCUUCUCUCGCCCUAAACAAACUGCACACUGCACUGACCACUUGUGAACAAGCUUCUCCGUCGUUUCUCUAUGAUUUCACAAAAGUUUUGCUGGAUGACUCGGAAUUGAGCGUUAAUCUGCAGGAAUCCUAUCUGAGAAUGCAUGACACCUCGCCGACAAAUGAUUUGAUUGUCAGUGGAUAUGAGCAGAAUGCUGAUUAUAAAGAGCUCACGAAACGAGCAAUCGAGCUUCGUCGUGUUCUGUCCCGGGUUCCCGAAGAAAUGUCGGAUCGUCACGCCUUCCUGGAGACCAUCAAGCUCAUCGCAUCAUCAAUCAAGAAACUUCUUGAGGCAAUAAACGCCGUCUACAGAAUUGUUCCACUCACUGCGCAGCCGGCCGUUGAGAAACGUAAACGGGAAUUUGUGCACUACUCGAAAAGAUUCAGUAACACUUUGAAGACGUAUUUUAAAGAUCAGAAUGCAAAUCAGGUAUCCGUGUCCGCCAACCAACUGGUUUUCCAAACGACAAUGAUAGUCCGCACAAUCAACGAAAAACUUCGCCGAGGAUAAGCUCACCCAUAUGGCGGCUUAUAACUGUGAUCUACUAGACGGCUCUUUCCUUUUGCAUGUGUUUUACUUUCAUUUUUUGUUCACUUAAUUUCUUGUUCUCAUCCACACACUCAUCACUUUAUACAUCGGAUCUGCACACUUUCUUCUUUCUAUGAUUUUUCCUUUCCCAAUUUUCUGUUUAUUGACUGAAAUUUUAGGAAAAUGAUUAACGUAUUAUGCUUUAUAUGGUUUUUCGGAUUUUUUUCACUUCAAAAAUAUUGUAAUAAGUAGCUCAAUUAUCAUUCUUCCUUUCUUUUUCAUGUGCCUUUCUUUGAUUUUUCCUCGUUUUUUCACCCACUGAUGUACUAGAUUUUUUUCCAUAAGUCGGUUUCUUCUCCAAAUAACGUGAUAAAUUAUUCAGAAAUUUUU